AUGGGAGAAGUGGAUCCUGCUUUCAUCCAAGCCAUUGAACAUCAGCCUAAACUUGACAUAACUGAAGCCGAAGGCAUCCCAUUAAUCGAUCUCUCCCCGCUGAAUUCCUCUAAUACAGAUGCUGACUUGUCAAGUUUAGUAACUGAGAUAGGUGAUGCUUGCAAGAACUGGGGGUUUUUCCAGGUGAUCAACCAUGGGAUGCCAUCAAAGUGUCGUGAAAGGAUUGAAUUAGUGGCGAGGAAAUUCUUUGCUUUAUCGAAAGAGGAGAAGAAGAAGGUCAGUAAAGAUGAAGUCAACCCUUUGGGAUAUUACGAUACUGAGCUUACUAAAAAUGUCAGGGACUGGAGAGAAGUGUUCGAUUUUACUUUAAUGAAUCCGGCAAUUAUACCAGCUUCUCCUGAGCCUGAGGAUAAGGAACUUAAACAGUUGAUUAAUCAGUGGCCUGAAUAUCCUCCUGAAUUAAGGGAUGCUUGUGAAGAGUAUGCUGCAGAAAUGGAAAAACAAGCUUACAAGUUACUCGAACUCAUUGCCUUGAGCUUAGGCUUGCCGAAAACUCGAUUGAAUGGCUUCUUUAGGGAUAACAAUAGUUAUGCCAGGCUCAAUCACUAUCCACCAUGCCAUGUUCCUCAUUUAGUGCUCGGUCUUGGUCGACACAAGGAUGGCGGUGCCGUGACCAUCCUUGCUCAAGACGAUGUUGGAGGACUUGAAGUGAAGAGGAAAACGGAUGGAGAGUGGAUUUUUGUCAAACCUACACCUAAUGCUUUUAUCGUCAAUGUUGGUGACGUAAUGCAGGUUUGGAGUAAUGAUAAGUACGAAAGUGUAGAGCACAGGGUGAUGGUCAAUUCUGAGAAGGAAAGAUUCUCAUUUCCAUUCUUCUUCUCUCCUGCACAUUCCACUUGGGUGGAACCCCUGGAGGAGCUGAUAAACAAAGAUAAUCCUGCCAAAUACAAGGCUUAUAACUGGGGAAAGUUUUACGCGAAUAGAAGGCGCAGUAAUAUCAAGAACCUUGGUGUCGAAAACAUUCAAAUUUAUCAUUUCAGGAUUUAG